AUGUCAAAUCCAAUAACAGAUUAUUCAUCAUUUAUUAGUAAAAGAGGAAAAUUAAAAUCAGCCUCCCCAAUUAUAAGUUUAUUUUCAAUUUCAUCUUUACCAGGGAUGCAUCUUUCAGGCCUUGUCGAAUAUAACAUAUCAUCUGCUGGCAUGUUUGUUUGGAUUCAUCUUUUAGGUAUUCGAGACAGCAAAAGCUUAAUCUUUGAAAAAGCAGUAGAGAAAAAAGUUAUCUUCGUACCUGGUGUUGCCUUUAAACAAGAUAAUUCAAUUUCACUGUUACCCCAAAUACCAUUUAAAUCUCUCUAA